AGUAUUUUUUUCUGUGCAAAAAGUGAAACACGUGGAAAAUUCACCUGUCUCAAUAACUUAAUCAGUUCUGGAGAGUAAGCUGAAAGAGUAUCAGGCAGUGCAAUAGGGUAAAGAAAGAGGCUGUGCCAUAGGAACAGCACUGUGCCAUAGUGGGAGAGAGAGAAAGAGAUCAGACAGAAAGAUAUAGAGUACCAUAGAGGGUGUGCCAGAGAGAGAGAGAAAGAGAGAACCUGAGUUAUUGAGUUAGAUAUCUAGAGACUGUGACAGAGAGAGAGCGUGCUACAGAUUGUCCCACAAAGCCUCUACAACAUUGCAGAGUUGCCAUCUAUUCCCCGAGAGGAACAGAUCUCACCGUGGGACCUGCACCAUGACAGCACUCGCCCAGACACUCUCAGUCUCUAUCCAUCUUCUCCUCAGUCUCCUCUCCAUCUGCAAUGCCCACAGACCGACCUACAUUAUUACAGCACCAAGCAGCAUCCACCCUAAAGCUAACAUGACAUUUACUGUGUGCCCACUUCUGGGCAGUCAGCUUCCUCUGAGAGUAACGGCUCAAAUCAGCAAGGAUGGACAGAAUCUGAGCAGUGCUGAAGGCACCUUCGCCCAAGGUACUAUUGGAAAAUUGGUUCUCCCAACAGAGGGCUUGCUGGAAAGCAAGUACGAGUUGUUGGUCCAGGGGUACUCAGAGGAAAGACUGCUGUUUACCAACUUCACCUCUGUGAAAAUUGUGAAGGAAACUGUCUCCACCCUAAUCCAGACAGACAAGGCUGUGUACAAACCAGGACAGAUAGUGAAGAUUCGAGCCAUCUGCAUCUACCCUGAUCUCAAGCCAUACCUGGGCAAAAUAAGUGUCAUAAUUCGUAGUCCGCGGAGAUCUGUGAUCCAACAGUGGCUGGAUUUGGAGACCACAGUCGGUGUUGUUUCCAAGGAAUUUCCAUUGUCUCCGAACUCACUACUUGGAAACUGGUAUAUACAGGUCAAAUCCAAUGGUGUUCAAAAGGAAAAGACUUUCACUGUUGCUGAGUACAGUAAGUAA